AUGCCUAGCUCCUCUGCGAUGGCAGUUGGCGCGCUCUCCAGUUCCCUCUUGGUCACCUGCUGCCUGAUGGUGGCUCUGUGCAGUCCGAGCAUCCCGCUGGAAAAGCUGGCCCAAGCUCCUGAGCAACCCGGCCAGGAGAAACGCGAGCACGCGUCUCGGGACAACACUGGGAGGGUGAGCGAGCUCGGGCGCGCCGCGAGGGACGAGGGCAGCAGUGCCCGGGACUGGAAGAGUAAGGGUAGCCGCGCGCUCGCGAGUCGGGAGGCGUGGAGCAAGCAGAAGCAGGCCUGGACUGCUCAGGGCGGGAGUGUCAAGGCCGCAGACUGGCAGGUCCGGCCUCGGGGGGACACCCCGCAGGGGGAGCCCCCAGCCGCCGCGGCACAGGAAGCGAUCAGCCUAGAACUCGUGCCCACACCAGAGCUGCCUGAGGAAUACGCUUACCCAGACUACCGCGGCAAGGGCUGCGUGGACGAGAGUGGCUUCGUGUAUGCGAUUGGGGAGAAGUUCGCCCCAGGUCCCUCAGCCUGCCCCUGUCUGUGUACGGAGGAGGGGCCCCUUUGCGCACAGCCAGAGUGCCCGCGGCUUCACCCGCGCUGCAUCCACGUCGACACCAGCCAGUGCUGUCCACAGUGCAAGGAGAGGAAGAACUACUGCGAGUUCCGGGGCAAGACCUACCAGACUUUGGAGGAGUUCGUGGUGUCUCCGUGUGAGCGGUGUCGCUGUGAAGCCAAUGGUGAAGUGCUGUGCACAGUGUCGGCGUGUCCCCAGACGGAAUGUGUGGACCCCGUGUACGAGCCUGAUCAGUGCUGCCCCAUCUGCAAAAACGGCCCAAACUGCUUUGCAGAAACUGCUGUCAUCCCAGCUGGCAGAGAAGUGAAGACCGACGAAUGCACCAUAUGCCACUGCACCUACGAGGAGGGGACCUGGAGAAUCGAGCGGCAAGCCAUGUGCACAAGACACGAAUGCAGGCAAAUGUAG